AUGCUAGCAUGGUAUCGGGACCCACAACCUGUCCAGCAGGAUGAACCGGAUCAUGAUCCUGGUAUAGAGGAGAACCAUUUUGCAGAUUGCGACACCCCUGAAGACAUUCCCGGCACAGCGAUAGAUGGUCCGCCCUCCCAUCUCACUUCCCCAACAUGUGAUUCCCCAACGAUCUCCAUCCCCAGAUCUACCGCUACCACACCCUAA